GACUACGCAAACUUAUAAAAGUAAAAAAAAAUAUUUUUUUCAUCAGUCAGUUAGUUAUCGGUCAACAGGACAUCAUCAAGUCGACUGUACCAAAAUGAAGUUUUUGAUUGUUUUAGUCGCCGCCUUGGCUGUGGCAUCCUCAGACAGCGCCGACCAGGCAGCCGAAAUCGUCAAAUUUGAGAAUGACGCCCAACCUGAUGGCUCCUACAAAUUUUCAUUCGAGACCAGCAAUGGCAUAGCCGUGGGCGGGCAAGGAGAACCCCGUAAUUUCGGUGGUAACCCUCCAGUAGUCCCAGUGGUUAGCCAGGGCUACUACAGCUUCUACACUCCAGACGGUCAAGCUAACAGCAUCUCAUACAUUGCCGAUGAGAACGGUUACCAGGCAUCGGGUUCGGGUAUCCCCACGCCUCCCCCCACACCGCCAGCAAUCUUGAAGGCCCUGGAUUACCUCGCUAGAAGCGGCCAGCUGAAGAAAUAGACAUAAGACACGUAACAUAAUAUAGUCUAAGUUACUAAAAUUCAGAUAAAGAGUGAUUAAUUAUAAUCAUUGUAACUAGUAU